GCCCAGUACAUCCUUCUUGGUACUUUGGGGUAAUGGCUGUGCUAGGUCGGACGAGCGGAUCGACCGCAUCCUUUGAGUGUGAGGCUCUUCCAUCGAGAGGACCAUUUUGACUCAGGCGAUGCCGAGUUAAAAUGGUCGAUAUCCGACCCGAAAAGCAUCCCGAAACAACUGUAAAUAUUGCAAACAUCGUCCUUUAAAUUACGCCCCCUGUUAACAUCCAGUCUUAGUGGUCAGUUCCGCCUGCCGAUCGGAGGUAAAGCUGAGGCCAUGGCUGUGAAGCACCGCGUAGAAGCGGUACUCAAUGUGGGACUGCGUGUUCCCAGCAUCAUGCUGCUGGAUGUCCUGUACCGCUGGGAUGUCAGCUCCUUCUUCCAGAAGAUACAGCGCUCCAGCCUCUCCAACAACCCCCUGUUCCAGUACAAAUACCUGGCACUCUACCUGCACUACGUGGGUUACAUCCUGAGUUUGGUGCUCCUGACUCUGCCUCGUCAGCACCUGGUUAAACUCUACCUAUAUGUCCUAACGGCUCUGCUGCUGUUUGCUGGUCACCAAGUCUCAAGGGAUUAUGUUCGCAGUGAACUGGAGUCUGGCUAUGAAGGAUCUGUCUACCUGGAACCUCUCUCCAUGAACAGAUUCACCACUGCACUCAUAAGUCAGCUGGUGGUCUGUACCCUAUGUUCCUGUGUGAUGCAGACCAAGAGGAUUUGGCUUUUCUCUGCUCACCUCCUCCCUCUGGUGGCCAGACUGUGUCUUAUCCCACUGGAGACCAUUGUCUUCAUCAAUAAGUUCUCCAUGAUCUUCACAGGCCUGGAGGUCAUAUACUUCCUGGCUUCUAACUUGUUGGUACCAUACAACCUGGCCAAGACUGCCUACAGGGAGCUGGCUCAGGUGGUGGAGGUGUAUGGGCUGCUAGCUUUGGGAAUGUCUCUAUGGAACCAGCUGGUCCUUCCAGUUCUCUUUAUGUGUUUCUGGCUCCUGCUGUUCGCAUUGCAGAUCUACUCCUACUUCAGCACCAGAGACCAGCCUACCUCAAGAGAGAGGCUCCUUUUCUUCUUUCUUACCAGUAUAGCAGAAUGUUGUAGUACACCGUACUCCCUGCUGGGUCUGGUUUUCACAGUCUCCUUCAUUGCUCUGGGAGUUCUCACACUCUGCAAGUUCUAUCUGCAAGGUUACAGAGCCUUUAUGAAUGACAACACCAUGCACAGGGGGAUGACAGAAGGCAUCACCCUGCUGAUCCUCGCUGUACAGACUGGCCUCAUUGAACUCCAAGUCAUCCAUCGAGCCUUCCUCCUCUCCAUCAUCCUCUUCAUUGUUGUUGCUUCCAUCCUGCAGUCCAUGCUGGAGAUAGCUGACCCUAUAGUCCUGGCCUUGGGAGCAUCCAGAGACAAGAGUUUGUGGAAGCACUUCAGAGCGGUGUCUCUGUGUCUGUUCCUGCUGAUUUUCCCAGCCUACAUGGCCUAUAUGAUCUGUCAGUUCUUCCACAUGGACUUCUGGCUACUCAUCAUCAUCUCCUCCUCCAUCCUCACAUCCCUGCAGGUACUCGGAACUCUGCUGAUCUACAUUCUCUUCAUGGUGGAGGAGUUUCGAAAGGCUCCAGUAGAAAACAUGGAUGAAGUUAUCUACUGUGUCAACGGGACGUACAGACUGCUGGAGUUCCUGGUUGCAGUAUGUGUGGUGUGCUAUGGCGUGUCAGAGACAGUAUUUGGGGAGUGGAGUGUGAUGGGAAGCACCAUCAUCCUGGUCCACUCGUAUUAUAAUGUCUGGCUCAGAGCCCAGCUAGGUUGGCAGAGCUUCCUGCUCAGGAGAGAUGCUGUAAACAAGAUCAAAAGCCUCCCCACAGCCAGCAACACACAGCUGGAACAGUACAAUGACAUCUGCGCUAUCUGCUACCAGGACAUGAACAGUGCUGUGAUCACUCCAUGCAGUCAUUUCUUCCACGCUGGCUGUCUGAAGAAAUGGCUUUAUGUCCAGGAAACAUGCCCCCUCUGUCACUCGCAACUCAAGAGCCAAUCACCAACCACUACUGUCCCCAACCAAGAUGUCCCCAACCAAGAUGUCCCCAACCAAGAUGUCCCUGCAGCCAAUCAGAACACUGCAGUGCAGGAAGAAGCCGCAGCCAAUAAGAAGCAGAAAGAUGACACUCUUCCAGAUGAUAGGAAAGAGGGGGGGCCAGGAGGGCAGCAGGGAGAUAAUGGACCUGCCAUAUCAGCUGGAGCAACCUCCUCCUCCUCCUCCUCCUCUGGUGUGCCCUCUACGCCCCAGCAUCUGGCCAGGACUUCAUCGUUGUCAUCUUCUCCUUCGCCACUUGUGACUGAAUCUCAGAACCAGUCGCUUACAGAUCCCCCUUCUUCGUCUUCCUCAGACACAUUGGACAUGGCCCCCUCUCUCUCAUCUCUCUCCCACUCUUCCUCCUCACAGCCACCGGCCCAGGCAGAGAUAACCUCUGUUGAACCUGAGCCCUCCCCUCAGAUAAACCCAGGCUUCCUACUUGACAGCCGGGAGUCAACUAGUGGUCCAUCAUCCCAGCUUGACCGGCCCACUUACCCUUCUGAGGAACAGUCGCCUCCUCCUUGCAGCCUCUGAGCCCCAUCGUAACACACACGACAUACGUGCAUGCACAUGUAAACACACAAUCUAAAUAAUCUAAAAUCUGGCUAUAUUCUACUUGUCAAGCAGUUGGCUGUCGCAUCAUGUUAGAAAUUCAACUCCAAACCUCUCCAUAUCCAUUUUUAAAGAAGAAAACAAAAAUCAAAU